UAACUGUUCUUGCUCUUGUCAUCAAAAUAAGGUUAAAGAAUUCUCUUUUAACAUUCUCAAUUCGAACCUUCGACAUCUCUUGCUCCUCUGCAUCUCAUCUCCAUCUCCUCCUCCACCGCCACUCCAUCUGCCUAGGCCGAAUAUCUGCACUCUUUGAGGGAGUCAUGCCUAAGGUGAAGACUAACCGAGUAAAAUACCCUGAGGGUUGGGAGUUGAUUGAACCUACUCUACGUGAACUACAAGCACAGAUGAGAGAAGCUGAGAAUGAUCCACAUGAUGGUAAAAGAAAAUGUGAGGCCUUGUGGCCUAUUUUUAAAAUAGCCCAUCAGAAAAGUCGCUACAUUUUUGACCUUUAUCACAGGAGGAAGGAGAUUUCCAAGGAAUUGUAUGAAUUCUGCUUGGAUCAGGGUUAUGCAGAUCGUAACUUAAUUGCAAAGUGGAAAAAGCCUGGCUAUGAAAGGCUCUGCUGCUUAAGGUGCAUGCAACCUCGUGAUCAUAACUUCCAAACCACGUGUGUUUGCCGAGUCCCAAAGCAUUUACGGGAGGAGAAGGUUAUAGAAUGCAUGCACUGCGGAUGUGGGGGCUGUGCAAGUGGAGAUUGAGGAGUUUGCAGUGACGGGCCAAGUCAAAAUACAUGUGUCGUUGGGGAUAAAUGCAAAUCGAUGUAAAAGAGGUUUAUAGAUAUCCUCUUUAGGGUUGAAAUCUUGCCUCUAGUCUGUAGUAUGGUGUUUGUGAGUCUCUUGUUUGGGAGGGCUAAUGGGGUAAAAACAUUCUGGCUCUUUACCUGAUUAAGAAUUAUCAGUUUUUAUAUGAUUACAACUAUGAAUGCUUUUGAAUUA